CUUCCUUUCUUCUUCCCUCCCUGCUGCACAGCUCCCUUGCUCCAGAAGCGCGAUGCUGCCUCACCUGAGGAUUCAGAGCUGCCUCCAGGCCCUUGCAGGAGAAGUGCAGCUGCUCAGGAGAGGGAGGCUUCCCCAGCACCUGCCAAGAAAGUCUGUGCCACCUCUGCACUUGUUGGGGCUUCACCAGUGGAACCAUCAAGAGAGCUCAUCCAGAGAUUUAAUCUCCGCAAGCUCACGGUUCCACUGGUUCGCCUGGACCUGAAACGCCAUCCUGAGCUCAUGGUUCACCUCACUCCAGUCGACCCUGAAGCUGCUUGCAGGGCCCUUGGACAGAGCAACAGCUGCUCAUCUUCUCAGCAGCACAGCCCAGCCUGCCACCCAUCAGCUCCUUGGUGCCAGAAGCGCAGUGCUGCCUCACCUGAGGAUUCAGAGCUGCCUCCAGGCCCUUCCAGGACAAGUCCAGAUCCUCAAGGGCGUGAAGCUUCCCCAGCACGUGCCAAGAAAGUGUUUGCUGCAUCUGGACUUGGGGUUUCAUCAGGCCAGCCAGGCACACACAAAUUUCAAUUCCAGCCAGAGCUCAUGACUCCACCAUUUCCUGCGCACCAUCAAAGCACUUCUGCGGCCUCUCCAGAGAGCAGCAGCUGCACUUCUCCAGAGCAGCACUUGCCAGCCAACAUCCCAUCAGCCGCCCCGGGCACUUCAGUCCCCAGUGCUCCAGCUGGCAGUGCUGGUUAUGCAGCAUGGAGAGCCCCAAGCUGGGUAUGGAGUACUCCUGGGGAAGAGGAAUUGCCACCGCUGGAUCUGGACCUUGUUCUGGAGACACUGGAGGAGAUGCUUUCACCAUCUGUGCCUGAAAGGUCUCCCUCUGCUCAGGUCAAUGCUAGUGUUGCCCGUGGCUCUUCAGGAGGGGAGGCUGUGAACAAGGCUGCAGCAGAGGGAGCUUUGCCUGCUUGCGGGAGCUGUGUGAACGUUUGCCAGGAGCCCGAGGAGCUUGAUAUCCAUGUGAUCUACCUGGCCAGAAGGGCUGCCCUGCGUGGGAAGAAGGAUCAGAGGGAGAGCCUGUGACCAUCGGGCAGGUGGCAUCCCUCUGUUUAUAGAUAUAGUUAGAGAUUUUUUAUCUUGAUUUAUUUAUACAUAUAGUUACAAGUAUAGAUUGAUAGAGUUGUAUUUAUAGGUGUAUCUAUUUAUCCAUCUGUAGAGUUUGUAUGUAUAGUUAUGGAUGCAAUAGGAUUUUAUUUCUAUGUAUACAGUUAGAUUUAUAGAUUUUCAAAUUUGCAUAGAUAUAUGUAGAGAGUAACAUUUAUAUGCACACACAGUUACAUUUAUAAAUGUGCAUAGUUCUUUAGUUAGAGCUCUAUGGAUGUAGAGGCCCAUAGAUUGAGCUGUGUAGGCCUAGGCUGCAUUUUUGCCUCUUUCCCCCUUGGCUGCCUUUUUCAUCUCUUGUUUUUCCCGCUGUGCCCCUUGUGUCCCCCUGUGCUGGGUCCGAGCUGGGGCCGGGCCAGGCGGAGCAGCAGUUGCAGCCCUGGCUGUCCCUGGAGCGGUGGGAGCUGCCGCUGGCCCCAGGCACUGUCCUGUGAGGAGCUGCUGAAGGACGCUGAGACUGAGGGGGCUGAGGAGGCGCUGA